AAGAACAUCGCUAAAGAAAAACUUCGAUGUUUUCAGCAUCACUACUAUGUUUAUCCAUCUCUACUAGGAAAGCAAACAUUAAACUAUUAUUUGCUGAACUUUUAGUCAAAUGCAUGUUGACAGCAGUUUAUGCAACUUUCUAAUCCUGCAGUUUUAUAUGGUAGAUUCAGCGCGUUCUACAAAUUUGGCUUAAGCGACUGCUUACGCUGAAAAAGGGAGCAUAUUGUUGUUAUUAGUGAAUCGUAAAUAGAUUGCUCGAAACCAGUAGUGACGGUCAGCUCACGGUUACAGCGGAAGGAAACUUGUAUUGCAGCUGUUUAUUUAUAACGGCCAAACAAUUCGGUAAAGACCACCACCACUUGUCACUAGGCACCACCCCACUGCAGCCACAAGACUUUGAAUACGAAAGAAAUUUUGGUCCUCCCGAGUUAACGACCCCAGCCAGAGUCAGUUGUACAAAUGGAGCCAUCCACAAAUGUCGCCAGCAUUCCAAAUGGACCGUCAGUGGCACCUGCCAGCAUCAAGCGAGGCACCCAACAGGGCCGCAAGAAGUCGGGCCCCAAGUUCGAGCUAUCCGAAACUCAAAAAGCCGACAUUAAAGAGGCCUUUGACUUGUUCGACAACGAAUGCACCGGUUAUAUCGAGGUGAAGGAGCUUAAGGUGGCUAUCCGUGCCCUGGGUUUCGAGCCCAAGAAGGAGGAGAUUAAACGAAUGAUAGCCGAAAUAGACAAAGACGGCAGCGGCCGCAUUGCAUUUAACGACUUUCUUCAUUUAAUGACCACGAAAAUGGCUGAAAAAGACACUAAGGAAGAAAUAUUGAAAGCCUUCCGGCUGUUCGACGACGACGAGACUGGCAAGAUUUCGUUUAAAAACUUAAAGCGUGUGGCUCGGGAACUGGGCGAAACGCUGACCGAUGAAGAGCUGCGAGAGAUGAUUGACGAAGCUGAUUUGGAUAACGAUGGCGAGGUUAACCAGGAGGAGUUCCUGCGCAUUAUGAAGAAGACCAGUUUGUAUUAGAGAGUAGCGCACCACGCAACCUCUUUUCAUAGAUGUAUUCCGAUUUUCCUUGCCUAAAGUAAAUCGAUUAGCUUUAGUAGUCUCGCUAAUCCCAAAUGCAAGUACGCUUUAUGUGUACUUAAACUGUGUUCCCUUUAAGUCUCACUGAAUGUACACGUACCAGCUAGUAUGUCGAGCCGGCUGUAUUUUUUGCACAAUAAUCUCAAUAUAAUAGUUAAUGCAAAAUAAUAUAAAUGUUAAAAAGAAAAUAAAAACAUGAAAUUACG